AAAACUCGUGUGCUUUACAUUUGUCAGUGAAAUUCCCAACGAAAUUGUUAAAAUUUGUAAAUAAAUAUAAUAUUACAUAAAGUAUUUCUAAAUUUAAAGUAAAUUGGCCAAGAGGGGAACUUUGGAAAUGUCUGGUUUUUCAUUUGGAGCACCAGCAGCAGGAAGUACGCCAAACAAUCAACAGUCUGGGUUUUCUUUGACGGCGCCAAAAACAAUGGCAACAGCCACCCCUACUUUGGGUGGUCUGGGAGGUUUUGGAUCAACAGCGGCCACCCCGGCAUUUGGAGCGGCUGCACCAGCCUUUGGAGCACCUGCAGCAACUCCAGCAUUUGGCGCUGCCGCAGCCACACCGGCAUUCGGCGCUGCUGCAGCUACGCCAGCUUUUGGUGCUGCCACCGGUACUCCAGCAUUUGGCGCUGCCAGCAGUGCUCCUGCAUUUGGAGCCGCCACCAGCGCUCCAGCAUUCGGGGCAGCUGCAUCAACUCCGGCAUUCGGAGCUACACAAUCAGCAGCACCUGCAUUUGGCACAACAGCGGCCCCAGCAUUUGGGGCGACGCCAGCAACGUCAGCACCAGCUUUUGGCACCUCAUUCAGUUUUGGGGCUCCUACAGCAACUGCAGCAGCUUCAACUGCUGCAACUGGCACUACUUUUGGCUUUGGUGCCACCUCUUCAGCUGCAACGGCGAGUACUGCACCGACUUUAUCAUUUGGAGCAGCUGCCGCCACUUCCGCGGCAGGUACUGGCACUGUGCCAACUUUAGGACUAGGUGGUGCGGCAACAGGCACUAGUUUUUCUUUUGGAAAACCUGCCGCCACUACUUCUGCUAGUUUGAAUUUUGGCACCACAACAACUACCACAUUAGGAGGUGGUUUAUUUGGCAAACCAGCCACAACGGCGGCCACCGCCACGGCACCAACACCAUUUGUGGGUCUGGGAGGCAUUGAUGUCAGCUCAAAUAAACCCAAGCCAGGAGAAUCAAAACAAGAUAUCAAAGUAAAGGAAACCCAAGUACCCGAUGAAAUUGCUCGAACCGUGGACGCGCUCAAGACAUACAUCAAAACACAGAAAACCCUAUCAUCGGAUAUAGGAAGAACCUCUACCACGAAAUUGACCAAUGUAUCUGGAGAAAUACUAAAUCUGCAAUGGGCUCUACAGGAAAUCGCCAACUCUGUGGAAGCCAAUUACAAUCAAAUAAAACUCUUGCGCAAAGAAACUUCCAAAACCAUACAAUCAGUGGAAAUGGCCCAGCGGACUCAAGACACUCCCGUCGGCUUACAAUUCGAAAAUAAUGCUCCCUUUCAGUUCUUUCAAAAUCUGGUGGCAAAAUACGAACAUGAUCUGAUUAAUUUCCGCCAGCAAAUAGCUCUCACCGAAAGACACAUGCACUCACUCACCAAUCCACAAAACGUGGCCCCCCAAGAUUUAAAGCGUGGCUUCCAACAGAUCAACGAAAGUUUUAUCUCUUUGGCUGGACGCCUGCAUGAGAUCCACCAAAAGGUAGAGGCGCAAAAGGAACAGUAUUUAAAUCUACGCAAAUAUCGCUUACGAGACAACACCGAUGUGUUUGCCAAAUUAGACAAUCCCGAGACAAAGGUGGAUACCUCACGCAUAACGGCCGGACCAACACCAUUCUCCAAUAUAACAGCCAUAAGUAAUUUUGGCAAAUCAUUUGGUAAUUCAGCAUUAUCGGGAACAGCGCAAGCAUCUGGAGCUCAACAAGGCAAAUAGAAGGCCCUCUUGUUUGUUGAAUUAGAGCUACUAUGGGUAUUUAUAGACAACAGAUCAUGGAAAGUACAAUCGAGAGUUUAUGAAUGAUAUGGUUAGAGGCCAUAUGGAGAGAGGGAGAUACGUUAUCAUAAAUGUUAAAGCAAAAUUUCUUUAUAUUGUAUGUAGAUUAAUAAAUGAUAAUGAUUUUUUUA